AUGUCUGUGGCACGGUCUGGAGGAGGUGGAGGUGGUUUUGGAAGGCUCGGAGGAGGAGGUGGCGGUGGUGGUUUUGGCAGCAGGAGCCUCUACAACCUUGGUGGUAGCAAGAGGAUAUCCAUCGGUGUUGGAAGCAGCUGCUUUGGUGGUGGACAGGGAGGUGGAGGAGGGUUUAGCUUUGGUGGAGUGGGGGGGCUGGGAGGAUUCAGUGGAGGACUGGGUGGUGGCAGGAACUCGGGGGGAUUUGGUGGUGGCCCUCCUGGAGUCAGUACAAUCCAAGAAGUGACUGUCAACCAGAGUCUCCUGGCACCACUGAACCUGGAGAUAGAUCCAAACAUCCAUCAGGUGCGAAAAGAUGAGAAGGAGCAAAUCAAGACCCUCAACAACAAGUUUGCUUCUUUCAUUGACAAGGUUCGCUUCCUGGAGCAGCAGAACAAGGUGCUUGAGACCAAAUGGACCCUCCUGCAGGAUCAGGGUCAAAAAAACAACGCGGGCAAAAACAACCUGGACCCACUCUUUGAGGCUUACAUCAACAACUUGAAACGACAGCUGGCCAACCUGCUCAACGAGAGAGGACGCAUGGACGGGGAGCUGAAGAACAUGCAAGACCUCGUUGAGGAUUUCAAGAACAAAUAUGAAGAGGAAAUCAACCGACGCACAGCAGCGGAGAAUGAAUUUGUGGUGCUGAAGAAGGAUGUGGAUGCUGCUUAUAUGAAUAAGGUGGAGCUGGAGGCCAAGGUGGAUGCCCUGACGGACGAACUCAGUUUCCUCCGAGCCCUCUAUGAUGCGGAGCUGGCUCAGAUCAGUGCACAAGCGUCCGACACCGCUGUCAUUCUGUCAAUGGACAACAACCGGGACCUGGACCUCAGCAGCAUCAUAGCUGAAGUCAAAGCUCAGUAUGAAGACAUUGCUAACAGGAGCCGGGCCGAGGCGGAGGCUUGGUACCAAACCAAGUUCGAGGAGCUGCAGGCCACGGCUGGGAAACAUGGGGAUGACCUGCGCAACACAAAGGGGGAAAUCUCAGAGCUCAACCGGCUGAUCCAGAGGAUCCGGUCAGAGAUAGAGAACAUGAGGAACCAGUGUGCCACCCUGCAGACGGCCAUCGGAGACUCCGAGGAACGUGGGGAGCUGGCCCUCAAAGAUGCCAAGGCAAAGAUGAUUGACCUGGAGGAUGCCCUGCAGAAAGCCAAAGCUGACAUGGCCCGGCAGCUCCGUGAGUACCAGGAGCUCAUGAACGUCAAGCUGGCCCUGGACAUCGAGAUCGCGACCUACAGGAAGCUGCUGGAGGGCGAGGAGAGCAGGCUGAGUGGAGAGGGUCUCAACCCCAUCAGCUACUCUGUCAUCAGCUCCAGCUCUGGCAUGGCUGGUGGAGCUGGGUUUGGAGGAGGAUUUGGUGGACUGAGCCUAAGCGGAGGAGGUGGUGGAAGCAGUUUCGGUCUUGGAGGAGGCAGCGGAAGCGGUUUUGGUCUUGGAGGCGGCGGUGGUGGUGGAGGCUACAGCUUUGGAAGUGGAGGAGGACUUGGACUCGGUGGUGGUGGUGGUCUCGGAGGUGGAUUUGGAGGAGGCAGUGGCCUCAGCAUUGCAAGCAGUCUGGGCUACGGAGGCGGUGGCGGCAGUGGUCUGAGCACCAGUGGAGGAAAUUUCAGCUCUGGAAGUGCAAAAGGCACCAACCCAGGUGUGAAAAUUGUCUCCAAAACCUCCUCCAGCAAAAAGAGCAUAAAAAGCCAAAGCCUGAAGAAUGCUACACAGCCUGAGUAA